AUGUUCGAUCACUUGUCCAGCAAACCCACCGUUCCUGGCUACGGCAACGACUCCCUUGCCUUUCCUCACCAACCUUGGCAAGCGAACUCCUCGUCGGCCGGCAACCCCUCUCAUCCCCAUCAUGGAGCCGGACCGACCUUUGACGCUUCCUCCUCCGGCAUGGACUGGACCGCGACGCCGUCGCAUGGGCAAGCCAGCUACCAGCACGACGGCCAAGCCGGCAACGAGUUGGAGCUCGACACUCUGAGCUCGCUCCAGAGCGGAGGCGGCGUUGGCCGCCUGGUCGCCCAGUUCGAGAGCAAGGCAUUCUCGCCCUUCGAGAACAAGGGCUUUGCUCCUUCGCUCCCUCCCAGACCGAGCAGCAAUAUGCAGGCGAACACACCGCAGCCUGUCCACAGGCCGACUUUCGAAAAUGCCGGAUACUUUGGAGGCAGCCAUGGUGGGGUUGCCUCGUCCUUCAAUCCCAAUCGUAUCGCGACUCCCCUCGCCGGCUCCGAUGAGACGCAGUGGGCAGGGCCUUUUGGCCUUCAGACGAGAAUGACGAGUCCGACCGUGGCGGGCACGCCCAUAAACCCAUUCGGCAGCUUCCACGACCCUCAGGUCACCAGCCCCGGCGCUGCAUCAGCCGGACCGUCCGGAUCGUCCGGGCCGACCGGCCAGUUUGGAGCCUUUGGCGACUUCCUUCCAGGCCAUCAGCGUGUGCAGUCCCCCAUGGCGCCGUCGCCCAUGACGGCAUUCCCGAUGGCGUCGCCGACGCACACGACACCGCAAGUUGCGGGAACGCCGGGGUUCGAGAUAUGGCGCUCUCCCGCAUCGGCCAGCGUCAAGUUGGAGCCGCCAACAAGCUCCAACACCACCCCCUCCAGCGGUUAUUCCAAACCGCCCGUGCCGACGACACCGAAACCAAACAUUGUCGCCAAUAACCAGUUCAUCCUCGAAUUCCCUCCGGAAACAAAAGCCAAGGCCAAGGGAAAGGCGCCGGCGAAGCCUGCGAGACUUCGCAUCCCACCGCCUGUGCCGCCGCCUUUCAGUCCCGAGAUCAAGCAAGAACCGGCGACGCCGCAGCCGUCGGAGCCGUCAUCCUCCUCCACCCCUCUGCCGAAGCAGGCGCAGCGAAAGGGCUCCCUAUCUCUCCGUGGCCCGGGGGCAACUCGAUCGUCGCGCGAAUUAGUUCCUGCCGAGGCCUGGGACCAAUUCAAGUCGACGAUACGUUCGUUGUAUCUCGAAGAGCGGAGGCCUCUCAAGGAAGUCAUGGCUGUCAUGGCGGACAAGUACAAGUUUGAAGCGACACCCAAGAUGUACAAGACUCGAUUCUCGCAGUGGGGAUUCGUCAAGAACAACACCGAGGACGAAGUCAAGAGGCUGCUGUCCAUGAAGUUCCAGCGAGACGCCGAAGGCAAGGUAUCCGAGUUUGUCCGCAACGGGAGGAUCGUCAACCUCGGGACCUAUCUCAAGCGAAAGGGCGUGACCGAGUACGACUUGAUCGACUUCGAGCUGCCGGCCGACCUGCCGGCGCACGUGCGAUGCCGAACGCCGACGCCACCGCCGACACCGGGAUACCUGCGGUCGCCCGAUCUCAUACGGGCUCAAGAGAUCGUGCUCGGAAAUAUGCGAAAGGCCUUUCUGCAUUGUCGGCAGUUCGAGGUGGAGACCAACGCGCUCGUCGGGUGGCCGGCCAUGAUGGUGUGGGGUGCCGGAUCGAGCGACCUGCUGAUGGAGGCCAACUUCUACUUCGAGGCCCAGGACGCCGACCAGGGAGGCCAUUUUCUCAUGAGGGCUUUCAAGCAGCUCGAGGUUGACCUGAUGAGGCUCUCCCCUCUGGGCAUCAACGAGCUCCUCCUCGGCAUGGUCCAGCGCGACCCCGGCAUGAUGACGGCGCUCUGCAAGUACCUGGCCGCCUACUCGGCGACCAACUAUGAGCGGUCGCACCCUCUCCGGCAGAUAUUCUCGUGCCUGUACGAAGUUCAGCAGAAGCACGGCUCGACGACGCUUUCGGAGCUUCUUCGGGGGAGCGUGCCCAUCAUCGCCGAGGAGCUCGAGGCCAUCUACGGCCGCCAGCACCCGUACGUGGUACGAACGUGGAUCGACCUGGCCAUCUUCUACCAUCACGUCAAUGCGGACCGGUUGGAAAAGCUCGUGGUGGAUCUUCGUGUCCAGCAGCGACAGCUCGAGCAUCGACACGGCGCCAACAACAUUGAAGUGCUCACCUUGCGAUACUCGAUCCUGCAACUGCUGUACGCCGCAGGACCCCAUUCUCACUCGACGAAGCAAGCGGCCGUCGACCUGUGGGGCUACGUCAGGGGCCUGGGCGUCAUAUUUCAGGUGCGAGACGUCAAAGCCAACGUCUACUGCUACCACAGCCCAGUCAAGGUCGACCCGUGGACGAAGCGGUGUCGGCGGCGGUACGACACCGGGGUUGCCAUCCUGGAAGAACACGUCGGGGUCAAGGUCCAUCCGUAUUUCGAGGAAGAUUUCCACACGACAGUGCACGCACCUAGUUCUCAGGAGGCAUGGUCUUCUGCGCUUAACCACAUGCCGUCCAACAAGUGGUCAUUCAUCUGA